AUGAGGCGGAAACCUUCCGAACACCUCGUGUCCACCGUACGUCACAUCCUGUUAAGAUGGCUGCCAUCCGGAGCGGGCUGACUCCAAGGAGCUUAGCAAGAUGUUUCCUCAGACAGCAGAGCGGCUGCAUUCACCCUCGUCCACAAAUAUGGAGCCGUGACUUGUCACAAAGAUCCCAUCUACACACUGUGUUUGACUUCAACAGUCCUUCCUCCAGCACGUCCCUGCUGUUCCGCCGACGCAAUGAAAGGCUUUUUAUCAAGGCUCUGGUAGUGCGACACAGCAGCUCUGAGUUGCCAACUGGCGGUGUCAGCGUAGAUGUUCCCGAUGGUGGCCCCGUUUUGGCGUCCUCACCUGCUUCUUUUCUUGACGGAACCAACCCCGUACUUCCCCAAGUGAUUGCUGAACAGAUGACGCUCCAACCUGUUUCCUUGGUAACAACAUCUAAUAUGGACCCUUCCCCCAUUGUGGAUUCUGUCCACCCCAUCCCGCUUUUGACACAAGCCUCGUUAGAGCCUGCUAUUGAUGUGGCGCCGGCUGCCGUGGAGGUUCUGCAGGCUGUGACUACAGAUGUCCGCCUAGUAGAGCUGGGACUUGCUGGUCACACUCCUGUGGGUUUGAUCCAGAACAUGUUAGAGUUCCUGCACGUAGAUGUGGGUAUUCCCUGGUGGGGAGCCAUUGUUGUAGGAACAAUUGUGGCCCGUCUGAUGCUGUUACCAGUCAUAGUGAAGGGGCAGCGGGAGACGGUCAAACUGAACAACGCCAUGCCGGUGAUGACCAAGCUUAACACCAGGUUGGCGGAGGCCAAAGGGAGCGGAAACAAAUUUGAAUUCGCCAAAGCCUACACCGACCUCAGUUUGUUCCAAAAGAAGAACGACCUUGAUCCCUGGCGUGGCUUCCUGGUUCCUCUAGUGCAAGCACCUGUUUUCAUCUCCUUCUUCAUCGCGCUGAGGAAGAUGUCUUACUUGCCGGUGCCCAGCAUGCAGAAUGGAGGCGCGCUGUGGUUCAUGGAUUUGACUGUAGCAGAUCCCUUCUACAUCCUGCCUUUAGCCGUCACUGGAACCACGUUCCUCAUUAUGGAGCUGAGCGUCGACUCCGGUGUAGCCAACCCCAAUCUGCGUGUCAUGAAGACUGUGGUCCGGAUCAUUCCCUUCGUCAUCCUCCCACUCACCAUCAACUUCCCCACGGCUGUGUUCACCUACUGGCUGACGUCCAACUGCUUUACCUUGGUUCAAGUGGCCCUGCUCAGACACCCGCUUAUACGAGACAAGCUGAAUAUCCCGGAGCGGAUCGUACACCCGCCCUCCGCUCAGAACGAAGGCUUCUUUGAAAGCUUACAGAAAGGAUGGAAAAACGCACAAUCACUUCGGCAGCUGGAAGAGCGGGAAAGACGCAUUAAUAAUCACCUGGACCUUGCUGCCAAAGGACCACUGAGGCAGACUUUUUCCCACAAUCCUAUGCAGCAGACUCAUGUUGCUAAAGACAAGAAGGUCUCAAGCAAGGAGAGGCCAUGGAAGGAUGUUCUUGAAUAAACUGUGUACAUAUUUAUGUUCCAAGUUGAGAAAUUAAAAAUAGUUUCAAAUGA